GGGUUCCAGGGUAGUCCGGGAGUGAACGUCACCCGGGACUCGAACCUGCUUUCUCAUCUUCCGAGGCCUAGUCAGAGGUUGCGGCCGUAAAGCAGUCACACUGUCCCUUUAAGGCGGCACUUUUUAUUCUUCAUUUGUUUACCUCUUCUUGCGCUUUUUUUUUUUUUUACAAAAAAGGUGUUCACAAUAUCCUUCCGCAAACGUCCAUCCCAGUCACUAAUCAACACCUUGAAGCCAUUCUUGUAAUCUUAAGAAUCGAGAAUUAAUAGCCAUGGGCCAACAUCUCUAUUUACAGAAUUAAAUACUCGUUUACACUUUAGGGACUACUUUUUAGGGGUAAACCAUUCUCGCUUAAGUUAACAAAUGUUUGUGAUCUUCAGACCCUUCCCGCUGAUAACAGAAUAGGAUAAUAACCUUUAAGACACACCUUUUCAUAAAAAUAUUCUGUGCAGGCCCUCACAGGCCAUCGAAUCUUGCUGUAUUCCUGAAGCAGAAUGGUAUGGUCCAGAACCCGCCCCAUCUUCUCUGCGAUUGGCCUUCUUUCCUCGGCGAGACGUGUGCCUUUUGACCAAUGGGCGCUCACGUUUCUCUAGCGAGGGAUAAGCGAUGGAAGGAGGCGGCCUGGAAAACGCCCCCUACGCGUCCUGGGAUUGGCUACGUCGUACGGCGCGCGAGGACGGCGGGCCUGAAAGAUGGGAACUACGACUCCCAGCUUCCUGUGAUGGGGACUCAGUCACGCAUGCGCAUGGGCGGGGCUGACCGGCUUCUAUAUAAAAGGGGCGCAGAGGGUUGGGAGGCAGCAGUUGGAAGUUGGCAGGUGGAGAGGCAGGUUGGGAGGGGAAGUUGGGGGAGGAGGCGGAAGAGGAGCUGUCGGAAGGGGGAGGAGGGAGGGAGGAAAAAGAGGAGGAGGCGGAGGAGAACUGAGCUGAGCAGAACAUCGAGCCAAAGGGGAGAUGAGUUUGUCUGUCCUCGGCUGAGGCUCCGGCCGGGCCUAGGGAACGGGGAGCUCGGCUUGGAGCGACACCCGUGGAAGUGGGAGGAGGUGGCUUUGGGACUUUAACCCCUUGUGGGCUCUGCGGCAGGGGAUUUAACCCUUUCUGGAUCCGGCCCCUCGGAGUCAGCGUCAUCGGGUAGUUUUAACCCCUUCGGGGCUGGGUUUAACCCAUUGGAUUUAACCUAAUCUUCUUGCCCACCAACUUCUCGAACGCGGGGGCGGUCUGCGGGAAGGCUUGAAGCCCACCCCCUCUGCACAUUACGUACUGUUCCUGCUGCUGCACCCCCUUGGACCCGCUAUCUGGCCGAGCUCUGGGCGCUUAACCCUUUAUUGACUUGAGCGCCCCCAAAUUGCAAUUGGAGUUUGCUGACAGAAGGACUGGCUAAAGGCAUCACUGCAGGAAUUACAGACCGAAGAGGACUGUGUUGGACAUUUUUGCAAAGAAAAGCAAACCUUUUUUCCUUAAGGACUUACAGCCAACAUUCUUCAAACUUCGAGAAGAAGAUUCUAUUAGCAAUGGCCGAGCCACUCUUGUCAGAGUAUCAGCACCAGCCUCAAACUAGCAACUGUACAGGUGCUGUUGCUGUCCAUGAAGAACGGAACCCUGAUCGCCCCCCAGGCGCGGAGGAGCGGGUGCCGGAGGAAGACAGUAGGUGGCAAUCGAGAGCGUCCCCCCAGUCGGGUGGCUCUCCAGGGCAGGGGGGGGAAGGGAGCCUGGAACCCCAGCCGUCUCCCCUUAAGACCCAGGUCUGCCCAGAAUCCAGCUGUCCGGAAGCGGGUGAGAAGGGCCAGAAUGGGGACGACUUGUCCGCUGGCGGAGCUCCCCCGCAGCAGAGACAGGUGGGCAAGAAAAAACACAGGAGACGCCCCUCCAAGAAGAAGCGGCUUUGGAAACCGUACUAUACGCUGACCUGGGAGGAGAAGAAAAAGUUCGAUGAGAAACAGAGCCUGCGAGCUUCGAGGAUUCGAGCCGAGAUGUUCGCCAAGGGCCAGCCAGUUGCUCCCUAUAACACCACGCAGUUCCUCAUGGAUGACCACGACCAGGAGGAGCCGGAUCUUAAAACCGGUCUCUAUCCCAAACGGGCCGCUGCCAAAUCCGACGACACCAGCGAUGAGGACUUUAUGGAAGAAGCGGGCGAGGAGGAUGGGGGAAGCGACGGGAUGGGAGGAGACGGCAGCGAGUUUCUGCAGCGGGACUUCUCGGAGACCUAUGAGCGGUACCACGCGGAGAGCCUGCAGAACAUGAGCAAGCAGGAGCUCAUCAAAGAGUACCUAGAGCUGGAGAAGUGCCUCUCGCGUAUGGAGGACGAGAAUAAUCGGCUGCGGCUGGAAAGCCAGCGGCUGGACGGCGACGACGCGCGUGUGCGGGAGCUGGAGCUGGAGCUGGACCGGCUGCGCGCGGAGAACCUCCAGCUGCUGACGGAGAACGAACUGCACCGGCAGCAGGAGCGAGCGCCGCUGUCCAACUUUGGAGACUAGACUGAAACUUUUCCGGGGGAGGGGGCAAAGGGGACUUUUUACAGUGAUGGAAUGUAACAUUAUAUACAUGUGUAUAUAAGACAGUGGACCUUUUUAUGACACAUAAUCAGAAAAGAAAUCCCCCCUGGCUUUGGUUGGUUCAGUCAAUUUAGCUAUGAUGUAGUUUGUGUGCUUUCUCCUGUUCUUUAAUUAUGUGAAACUGAAGGGUUGCUUUCCUUGUUUUCCUUUUUAGGAGUUUUUUUUUCUUUUUUAAUGUGUAAGUAAUUUGACCAGGUUAUAAUGCAGUUUUCUGUUAAAAAUCUCCUUAAAUGGAGCUAUAAGGUGGCCAAAUCUGAGAACCAUUAAAUUCAUUCUAGUUAUAAUAAAUAUUUGUAAAUGUAACAUAGUUUGUGUGAUUUCUAGAGCUAAUUCAAAGUAAUAUUGAUUUAUGUGACUGCAUUGGGGGGAGGGGUAAAGGAAGUAUUUAAUUUGUCCAUUUUCAAAACCAAACCUUAAUGGGAGAAUUUUCAGUUUGCCCAGUUUUCCCUUGAAUGGGUUUCAGUGUGCUACAAUAUACAGUUCCAGCAAAAUAUAAAGAUUUAAUUAUCUUCAA